UUAUUACUGGAAAAGGAAAGGGAAAAAAGAAGUAAUAAAGAAGAAGAAGAAGGAAAAAAAGAAAAAUAAAGAAGAAAAAAAAGAUGAAAAGAAGUCCGAGGGCGCCAGAGCGAGUUUUCAAGAUUGCGACCCAAUUUUGAACCCACUUUCCUUUUGCUGAUUUCCAAGCACUCCGUACAUCGUCAAAAGGUCACCAAAAAAGGCAGAGAAAAGUAGAAAUCCAAUCUGGCGAAGCAAAGCCACGGCACUGUACUGUAAUUUCUAGUGGGUUAGCCUUACGACAGGCGAUGUGAGACGGUCCCUUGGUUGGAUUGGAACCCUAGAAAAAUUAGGUGGCAAGGGUUCCAUUAUGCUUGUGGUUAUGGUUGGUGAAGUAAGGAGCUUUGACCCUUUGAUUUGAUGAACUUCUUCAUAUUGGAAGAAGGUAUUAGCUCUUAGAGUUGGGACACUGGGACUUGAUGGCUUCUACCUUCUGUGAUGGUUGAUUUUAUCAGUAUUAAAAGCAAUUGUUAUUCUUGAGUUUUGACACAUUCUGAUGUGUCGAUAUUGUUACCCGGAAAUAAGAGAUGAGUGCCUAUAGUGCAUUGGAGAAUGUCCUUAAGGAAAUACUUCAAGUGGUCAAACCCCUGCCAGAGGAUUGGGAGAAACGGUCUAGAGUUAUUGAUGAAUUGCGAAGAGUUGUUGAAUCUGUGGAAAGUUUGAGAGGUGCAAUGGUGGAACCGUUUGGUUCAUUUGUGUCCAAUCUGUUCACAAGAUGGAGUGACUUGGAUAUUUCUAUUGACUUAUACAAUGGUUCUUAUAUUUCAUCUGCUGGAAAAAAGCGCAAACAAAAUUUACUGGUAGAUGUACAAAUAGCUUUGAGACAGAAAGGUGGAUGGCGCAGGCUGCAAUUGAUCCCUAAUGCAAGGGUUCCAAUUCUAAAAUUUGAGAGCAGCCACCAGGGCAUCUCUUGUGACAUGUCAAUUGAUAACAUACAGGGCCAAACGAAGUCCAAAAUUUUGUUUUGGAUCAGUGCGGUAGAUGGGCGCUUUCAUGAUAUGGUUCUACUGGUCAAGGAAUGGGCGAAAGCACAUGACAUAAAUAAUCCAAAAGUAGGGACUUUUAACUCAUACUCUCUCAGUCUGCUUGUAAUCUUCCAUUUUCAGACAUGUGUCCCUGCAAUUUUACCACCUCUUAAGGAUAUAUACCCGGGAAAUAUUGCUGAUGGCCUUCAAGGUGAGAGAAUUACUGCUGAGAGGCAUAUUGCAGAAACAUGUGCUGCUAACAUAACAAGGUUCAGACAAGACAAAUUCAGACCAGUUAAUCGAAGUUCUUUGUCUGAGCUUUUCGUUUCUUUCCUUGGAAAGUUUUCUGACAUAAGUUUGAAGGCCUCAGAGCUAGGAAUUUGUCCCUAUACGGGACAGUGGGAGCACAUAGAGAGCAAUAUGAGAUGGUUGCCCAAAACUUAUGCUAUACUUAUUGAGGAUCCUUUUGAGCAGCCAGCAAAUUCUGCGAGGGCCAUAAGUAUGAGUAAAUUGAUACGGAUAUCUGAAGCAUUCCAGAUGACCCGCCGGAGGCUUAUUUCAACCAAUCAGUAUGAGGGUUCUCUACUUGCUACCCUAGUCCGACCUGAAGUAUCACAAUGUAUUCCAAAAGCACCUGUUCAGAACCCAACUUACGGCAGGCGCUAUCAGUCCCACCCACCUCGUCCACAGGUUCACAGGAGUAUAUACUCCACUUCACAAGCUCAGCAUCAAUUUCAGAACUCGAGGGUAGAACGCCGGUCCAACAAUACAACCCUGCAAAGAUCCAUCUUGCAAAAUCGCAAUCAAGGCCAGCAAAUAUGGAGGCCUAAAUCUCAUGGAUAGGUGUCGUCAGUUUCUGAUUAAUCAAACGGAUUUUCGCUGCAUUGUCGUUGUUCAUCUUGAAAGGUGUAAUUAGGGCCAAGCUGUUUUGAUGUCUGCCAGGAUACAAUUGCUGGAGAAUAUACUCAAAACCCGAAGCUGCAUCCUAAGCUGAUAAUGCAAGCAAUGAGGGUGUAAAAUGUUUGAGGAGAGAUUUACUCUACUUUCUAAAAUUCGUAAGAUUAAUUUGUACGGAGGAUGAACCCACCCCCCCCCCCCCCCCCCCCCCCUCUCUCUUUUCUCUUUCCUUCUCUCCUCCUCCUCCUCCUCCACCUCCAUUUCUUUCCAGCCCCUGCAACCAACUAUCUGGAAGGCUAGAAGAGGGGGAAAAAAAACUAUUAAGGCUCCGUUUGUUUUAAGUGCCAACGUUAUCUGGGAGUCGAAAGGGGUUCUGAUUCUACUGAA